GGUUUCUGGAAGUCGGAGGAACAGCCAGUCAAAGCCAGCCAGCCAGCAUCUGAACUGGAGGCAACGGUGGACGAAGAGUCGGCUGUGUUGGGAUAUAAUUUCAAAAUUCAUAAAGCGCAGACGAUGUAUGCAACAUAACGGUCGUCGACAUGAACGUGAAGGUCUUCCGUUUGGGCUCGGGAAGCUGAAGCAUACUGCAGCCCGGUCACAUUACGUUUUUCGGUGGGAUAAGCCAUCUGUGAUACACUGGGUGUGCACAGCGCAAUAACGGUACGAGCCAACCGGUUAUUCCAUCGACAGCUAGCUCAUAAUAACCAGGCUAGCCAACCAUUUUCGAGAGCUUGCGGUGAAGGGAGCAUCUUGGUCGGUGCAGUGAAGUGUCCGCGGAUGCUGCUGAGGGAGCCCACUACUACUUGGCAAUAUCCAGCGGUAACAGACAGACCUGAGGCAUGCAAGGAGGGGUGUUUUUCUGCAAACGAGCGAGGAAAUCUCCACGCCCUGGGGUCUGGUCUGUGGUUACUAUCUAGCUAGCUCGCUGGCUAGCCAGCCGACCAGGAGAGCAGCUCAGGGGAAGGUGGGGCCGCGGAGUGACAGCCUCGGACGCCAGCUAGUGUGGCUAGCCGGCUAACUUGGACUCUUUGAGUGACCACUGGUGUUCCUGCUUUUAAUUACCGACAGGCUGCAGCCUUGCACAGUCCCUGUUGAGCAAGAAAAUACGUUAUCAUUGAUUCCUCCAAAACCCGUGUGGGUGGGAUAUCUUGUGUAGAGCAUCCUCGUUUACCUGUAGACCAUGGCGGACGACGACGUGCUGUUUGAGGAUGUCUACGAGCUGUGCGAGGUGAUUGGAAAGGGUCCCUUCAGCGUGGUGAGGCGCUGCAUCAACAGGGACACAGGCCAGCAGUUUGCCGUUAAGAUUGUGGACGUGGCCAGCUUCACCUCCAGCCCUGGCCUCAGCACAGAAGAUCUAAAGCGAGAGGCCAGUAUCUGCCACAUGCUGAAACACCCCCACAUUGUGGAACUGCUGGAGACCUACAGCUCCGAUGGCAUGCUCUACAUGGUCUUUGAAUUUAUGGAUGGAGCAGACCUGUGUUUUGAAAUUGUGAAGAGAGCCGAUGCUGGGUUUGUGUACAGUGAAGCAGUGGCAAGUCACUACAUGAGGCAGAUCUUGGAGGCACUUCGGUACUGCCACGACAACAAUGUGAUUCAUCGCGAUGUAAAGCCCCACUGUGUGCUGUUGGCCUCAAAGGAGAACUCCGCUCCGGUCAAGCUCGGAGGUUUUGGAGUGGCAAUACAACUGGGAGAGUCUGGCUUGGUAGCUGGAGGUCGAGUCGGUACUCCCCACUUCAUGGCCCCAGAGGUAGUCAAGAGGGAGCCGUACGGCAAACCCGUGGACGUGUGGGGAUGUGGAGUCAUCCUCUUCAUCCUCCUGUCUGGCUGCCUGCCUUUCUAUGGUACCAAGGAGCGCCUGUUUGAGGCCAUCAUUAAGGGGAAAUACAAGAUGAACCCAAGGCAAUGGGCCCACAUCUCAGAGAGCGCCAAAGACCUGGUGAGACGCAUGCUGAUGCUGGACCCCGCUGAGAGAAUCACUGUUUAUGAGGCCCUCAACCACCCCUGGCUGAAGGAGAGGGACAGGUAUGCCUACAAGAUCCACCUGCCAGAAACUGUGGAACAGCUGAGGAAGUUCAACGCCAGGAGGAAGCUGAAGGGUGCAGUGCUGGCUGCUGUUUCAAGCCACAAGUUUAAUUCCUACUAUGGCGACCCUCCUGAGGAGCUACAUGACUUUUCAGAUGACCCCACCUCCUCAGGGGCAGUAUCACAGGUUUUGGACAGUCUAGAGGAGAUCCAUGCGUUGACGGACUGCAGUGAGAAAGACAUGGACUUCCUUCACAGUGUCUUCCAGGAUCAGCACCUCCACACUCUGUUAGAUCUUUAUGACAAAAUCAACACCAGGUCGUCCCCUCAGAUCAGAAAUCCUCCUAGUGAUGGAGUGCAGAGAGCCAAAGAGGUACUGGAAACCAUCUCUUGUUACCCAGAGAACAUGGAGGCCAAGGAGCUCAGGAGGAUCCUCACACAGCCGCACUUCAUGGCUCUGCUGCAGACCCACGAUGUGGUGGCCCACGAGGUCUACAGCGACGAGGCGCUGAGGGUGACCCCCCCACCCACUUCACCAUACCUGAACGGAGACUCCCCAGACAGCACCAACGGAGACAUGGACCUGGAGAAUGUCACCAGGGUUCGCCUGGUCCAGUUUCAGAAGAACACUGACGAGCCCAUGGGCAUUACUCUGAAAAUGAACGAGCUCAACCACUGUAUUGUGGCCCGAAUCAUGCAUGGUGGAAUGAUUCAUCGACAAGGGACUCUGCAUGUAGGAGAUGAGAUCAGAGAGAUUAAUGGCAUCAGCGUUGCCAAUCAGACAGUAGAACAGCUCCAAAAGAUGCUGAGGGAGAUGAGGGGUAGCAUCACUUUCAAAAUUGUACCCUGUUACCGGUCCCAGUCCAUGUCUUGUGAGAAAGAGUCACCAGAUUUGUCCCGACAGUCGCCUGCAAAUGGUCAUGCCAGUGUCACCAGCUCCAUCCUGGACCUGCCAGCAACGAUUCAGCCUAAAGGCCGUCAGAUCUCCAGACCUGCUAUCAAGGACAAAUUGUCCAUCAAGAUUUAUGUACGUGCUCAGUUUGAGUAUGACCCAGCGAAAGACGACCUCAUCCCAUGUAAGGAGGCAGGCAUUCGCUUCAGGGUGGGUGACAUCAUUCAGAUCAUCUCCAAGGACGACCACAAUUGGUGGCAGGGAAAGCUGGAGAAUACCAAGAACGGCACAGCAGGCCUCAUUCCCUCACCUGAGCUACAGGAGUGGCGUGUGGCGUGUAUAGCGAUGGAGAAGACCAAACAGGAACAACAGGCCAGUUGUACCUGGUUUGGCAAGAAGAAGAAACAGUAUAAAGACAAGUACCUGGCCAAGCACAAUGCAGUGUUUGAUCAACUAGAUCUGGUGACGUAUGAGGAAGUGGUCAAACUUCCAUCGUUCAAGAGGAAAACACUCGUUUUGCUUGGUGCACAUGGAGUUGGCAGGAGGCACAUCAAGAACACACUCAUUACCAAACAUCCUGACCGCUUCGCCUACCCCAUCCCUCACACAACUCGGCCUCCUAAGAAGGACGAGGAGAAUGGGAAGAACUACUACUUUGUGUCUCAUGACCAGAUGAUGCAGGACAUCAGCAACAAUGACUACCUGGAGUAUGGCAGCCAUGAGGAUGCCAUGUAUGGAACCAGGCUGGAGACUAUCAGGCAGAUCCAUGCCCAGGGCAUGAUCUCCAUUCUGGAUGUUGAGCCACAGGCACUAAAGAUCCUCAGGACAGCUGAGUUUGCUCCCUAUGUUGUCUUCAUCGCAGCUCCCACCAUCACCCCAGGCAUGACUGAGGAUGACUCUCUUCAACGGCUCCAGAAGGAAUCGGAGAUGCUGCAGCAGACCUACGCUCACUACUUCGACCAGACCAUCAUCAACAAUGAAAUUGACGACACCCUCCGCCUGCUGGAGGAGGCUGUAGACCUGGUGUCCACCACUCCUCAGUGGGUCCCUGUCUCCUGGGUUUACUGACACACGAUCAACAGCGUUUAGCUCAUCACCCUGGACCAUCCAUCUCUGAUCCAACACGGAUGCUAAACUUUGGUCAAAUCCCCUUGAAUCAUGUCUCUCUCAUCAGAAUCACACUUGUCUGUAGAUAAACUGUUGCUGAAAAAGAGGGAAAUGAAGAAACUAAUGACUCUGACGCUUCAUUACAGAGACUUCAUCCUGCCCCUGCCCCCUUUUUCUCAACAGCCUCAAAGGCAUAUUGUUGUGUACAUAUAUACAUAUAUAUAUAUAAAUGAUAAAAACUAAGUGAAUAUGGUUCUGUCCUUAUAUAGUUGAAGGGAGGGGAGGGGAGGGGCAGUGUGGUAGAUAUUUUGUACUUUUCUUUUGUAAUUGAUGGAUGGGUGGUAAUAUUGGAAAGGCAAUAGCGAGCAUGACCAUAAAGCAGUCUUAUGUGAGUGUGUGUUGACCUUUUAAGGUACUUCUUGUGGUACUCUGUGUCCUCCUCUCCCCACGCCCUCUAAUCUCCUCGGCCCCUGUGACAAACAAGCCGAACUUUGAAGCACAUUAGAAGCUGCUAUAGUGGCGACAAGUAACUCCCUCAGCUCCAAAUGCAAGUUUGAGUGAAGCAAAAAGCACAGGAAACUUGGCAGUUUCUUUCUCCCCAACUCAUCCCCAGCCCUUUAUUUAUUUCACUGGCCCUCUGUGCCUGUCAGUUUGUUGAAGGAGCACACUGCAUCCCUCUACGCUGUCGUCCCCUGUGUUGCCGUAGCCUGUUGUACCCCUGCCUCCCUUCCCAGCCUCUGAUGGUCUUUGUUUACAUCUCAGUUUGCACAAAACUGACAAUGAAGAAGACAUGUACUGCAUCUUGUCACUUCAGUUUUCAUUUUGUCUUGCCUACUCUCUCUAGCUGUCUUUAUCCCUCUCCUCCUUACAUGAAAUGCUAAUCAGUGGUCAGUGGACCUGGAGUAUCAUUCUUAGGGCAUGAUCUGCUAUGAAAAAGCACUGACAUCCACCACUUAACAUGGCUCCUGAACUGAAAGACAAAAAAAACCAACGGAAAGGAGAAAAAUAAACUGCCUUAUCAGAGCCUUGGGGAAGAAGUCUGUAACACCUAUGCACACCCCUGGUCGCUCCCAGGCAGGCUGCCACGACAAGUACUUUCUUCUUUCCUCACACUAAUAGUGAGCCAUGCUUGUUAAAAUGAAAGUGUUCAUAGGAAUGUCUGUGUGGGAGGGGAGGGUCUCAUGUAGGUGGGAUAAAUCCAAUCCUAGAGCCAACGUUUUGGAACUGUUAACUGUUGUCUUAAAAAAUAUUAGGAGUAUUCUUGUUUUGAGGGAGAGAAAAUAACUAAAUUUUGUGUGUAAAUGUUUCAAUGGUGCGUACGUCAUAUGAGUGAAUUACCAAGAGCCAGUGUAUAUUAACCCUUAAAAGAAGCUCAGUAUGUGACAUAACCUCUUGAUGCUUUACCAGAAGUGGCACAACGCAGCCCCACCUACAGUACACACUGUAAGAAAGGCACAUCAGUGGAGGAGUUGAAAAAAUAGAGCUAAAAAAGUCAAUACUCUACACUGUGUGGUGAGGUUGCCGUUGUGCCGCUUCAUGUAAAGUGUUUUCAUUUCAAGUCCUGUGUAAAUUACUUCUGCAAAUGACAAAAGCAGCUCUUCUGUAUGAAAUGUUGUUCUUUUUUGUUAUUUCAUUUUAAAAAAUAUAUAUUUCCUUUUACGUGUUUAAAGUAAACUGCCUUGUCUUCCUUUUGAUUUGGGAUGUGUGUGAGAGUGCGGGCACAGGUGUAAUGUGUGUGUAACAUUUUGUAGUAUUUUACAUACAGCUAUAAGAAAACACUACAUAAAACACUCCUUAAAAGACUGUUUGCAAAACAAAAUUCCUGGAUAUCAUCUCAUAGCUCUUGUAAGAAGUGAAGAUUUGUCUAUUGGAUUUCUCAAUGAUCCGUUUUUAAUGAGAGACGCUUCCACAGACACGACUAUGUAAAACAACUCUAUAUUCAAUGUCAUGCCCACAAGAAAAGUGUAAUGAGGGUCUAUAUAAAAAUCACAUUCUUAUAAAUAAUACAAUAUCGCAUUGUUUGCUGUAGUCAUAAUUCCACUUUCUACAAAACAAAGCUGAGUUCAAACAGCUGCCAGGCCCCGGUUAAGUAACACAGAACACCUAAUAAACCAAUUUCUUUCUCUCUCUGU